CUGUCUUCCAGCAUCGCUUUCUCUCUCCCUGUGCCUUUCUGGCGCGGUUCUCCCUCCCUGCCUCCCUCUGGCAUCUGCUUUUUCUUACUCCUUCUCUCAGCUGCUUAACUACAGCUCCCAGUGGAACUUGCACAAUUAAAAACAGCUCUCCUCCCGAGCAGCACCCAGAAGCGCAUCACCUGGAGCAGGGCGAUCGCCCACUUGCACCCGCCGCAGAGCAUCCAGGUAGCUGGGGGCGCGGCAGGGGUGUGUGGGGGGUCCUUCUCCCGCUCUCUGCAGCAGCCACAGCAUCUCCUGGGAGUCCGCUGCAUUCCAGGGUCCCGUAGCAAUGAUGCGUGUGUUUCGUAACAAUGAUGGAAAGAGAGAAGCCUCUGCCGGUGGCCAUUGAAAGCGGGGAGAGGUUGCUGCAGUCGCCACUGCCGUAGAAUGUGUGAGUGACAACCUGCGGGGCCCCGCUGGAGUCUCCAUCCCGCUCCGUCUUCCUUCGCGGUCUCCAGGAGGGAACCAGAUGCACUAACCGGGCGAGUGCCACCCUGGAUCUGUAACUGUGAACUUCCCGCUGUGGAAAAUGGUCAACAAAGACAUGAAUGGAUUCCCAGUCAAGAAAUGCUCAGCCUUCCAGUUUUUUAAGAAGCGGGUACGAAGAUGGAUCAAAAAUCCAAUGGUCAGUGUGGACAAGCAUCAGAGUCCCAGCCUGAAGUAUACGGGCCCCUCAGUGGUGCACAGCCCCCAUGGGGAGCCCGACUUAGAGCCUUCCUUGUGUCGGACGUGCCUAGGAGACCACGCUUUCCAAAGAGGGGUUCUCCCUCAGGAGAAGGAGUCAUGUCCAUGGGAAACUCAACCCAGGUGUGAAGUGAAAGAACCAUGUACUCAUGCCAACAUCCUGACCAAGCCUGAUCACAGAACCUUCUGGACUAAUGAUGACUCAGUUCAGGUAGCCACAGUCAUCCUCAGGAGAUGUCCUGAACCGCAUCUCCUUCAGCCAACUGAGCUCCCCUCAGAGCUGACCGCCAGCCACUUGGCCAAGCUUCCCAGUGAGCCCCGGGUGGAGCAGCAGGACCUGCUCAACAGUUUGCCAUCUGCUGUGUUUAGUGCCUUGAACUCUCGAGUAAGGCCACCUGAGUUGGCUGUCAACUUCAGUGCUUUCUACCUGUGUGUCUUUGGACAUAUGAUUUCACCCUUCUAUGCUUCCUUUUCUUGCACCUGCAACAGUAGACUAUUAGUAAUAGAUCGUAGAGGUUUGUGA